UUCACGGCGGAAGCUCGGUGAAGCUCGGUGCCGAGGAGCGGACGGCAGAUUGGUCAAAGCUGAAGGCGGAAAGGUAGGAUCAGCUCCUGGACUAUGCCGCUAGUCAUACAGUGUGCACAAUUCAUAACAGUAAGCCGGAGAUCAACCUCUUAUCACCGGAUGACCCCGCUGUCACCGCGUGUCCCCGCAAUAAAUCCGCCGAGCUCAUGCUUGAGCUUGCCAAUUAUUGAUAAUUUAACCCUCCAACCGCUUCACAACCCUCCCAAUCACACCAUACAACACAAUCGAUCACCAUGACUACACCCACCGUCUUCCGUCCCGGCGCGACCGCUCUCAUCACCGGCGCCGCCUCCGGCAUUGGCCUCGCCGCCGCCCAUUACUGCCACCGAGAGGGCAUGAACGUGAUCCUCCUGGACAUCGACGCAACCAAACUCACCGCGGCGGCCGCCGAGCUCGAGCAAGCCAACCCAGCAUCCCCCAAACCCCACACUUUUGUGCUCGACGUCUCGAAGCAAGAAGACUGGGCGCAGCUCCAACCCACCAUCCACGGGCUCUACCCGCAGGGCAUCGACCUCCUCAUGCUGAACGCCGGGCGGCUCGCCACACCCGCCUCAGACAAGAAGACCCCCUGGCACGACCCGGGAUACUUUGAGAGCACCUUCGCGACCAACACCUUCGGGUACACGAACGGCCUUGCCACCUUUCUGGACAGCGUCACCGGCACGGACACCGCGACGACGACGACGGAAAACCCACCCCCGUCCCGCGCGAUAAUCCUCACCGGCUCGAAGCAAGGCAUCACCAACCCGCCCGGGAACCCGGCGUACAACGCCUCGAAAAGCGCCGUCAAGACGAUCGCCGAGCAUCUCGCCUUCGAUCUCCAUCGGAGCUAUCCGCAGGUCAGUGUGCAUCUGCUGGUGCCGGGCUGGGUGUACACGGGCAUGAUGAGGAAGUAUUUUGCCACCAAGCCGGACGGGUGCUGGACACCCCAGGAGACGGUCGAGUUUCUGGUGCGGAAGAUGGCGGCCGGGAGUUUCUAUAUCAUCUGUCCUGAUAAUGAGGUGACGGAGGAGCUGGAUCGGAAGAGGAUCGCCUGGGCAUGUGGGGAUCUGGUCAGGGAUCGGCCGGCGUUGUCGCGGUGGCGGGAGGAUUGGAAGGAGAGAGCUGCGAAGGGAAUUGAGGGGUUGGAUGUAGGGUUGCUGGGUUGAAUGGCAGUCGGGUAUGGUGACUACUAGGUAAAUUCAACCAAUAAGUUAAAGAAAGUUGGGUUAAAAUAUUUCCACUGUUUGGGGUACCUACAAGCUAGAUGCCGCACGCGCAUACUGAUUGGGUGAGGCAGCGUUAUGCACACAAUGCAACAUAGCUAAUUAUGCAAUCU